UCCAAGGCUGUCCAGAAGCCAGUGUCAAAAGCAGAAAGAGAAAACCCUAGGGAGUUCCAGAUCAACCAACUGAGACGCAGGUUUCGUCCAAAGGAACAAAAUGAUAGUUCUGGCACCUCUCUAGUCUUCGGAAUGGCUCCUUCAGAUCCUGAUUUUCCCUUUGACAUGGCAGAGCUGCAGUGUAUUCUGCGCGUGCCGCUGUCAUACCCUUCCAGCGGAAGGCCUACUCUGAAAGUUACAAAUCCCGAGAUGGACAGGGGGUUUCAAAUCAAUGUUGAGAAGGGGUUUGACGACCUAGUCGAGACAUCUCUCACAAAGGACCACCAAGGAACUCUCCUGGGUUGGAUGAACGCUCUUGAUAGACAAUUGGAACGCCUGCUUACUACUGAACGAGCACAAACCAUUAAGAUCAUACCGAAUGUCGGCAAUAGAGAAAAGCCAAAAUCUGCUGAAGUCACUGGCAACAUCCCACAGAGGUCACCUAGACCGGUGGAGAGGACCUCCCGCGUGGAAGAACGGCCAACUGCUUGGCAAUCUGCUAUCAAAAUGAGCAGAACGUAUACAGCCGAAGAGAAGGCCGAAGCAGAGAAGAAGCGAAAUGAUGAGACGCGGCAGCUUGAGGCUCGUCUUCGCAGGCUCCCACUUUUUCGCAAGUCCUCUGACGGGCUAUCGUUCACUAUUCCCGCGCAGCCUAGCAAACCUAACCUGCUCCCUUUACCACUGCGAUCCAUCAAAACUAUUCAACUCAUUGUUCCUCAGUUAUAUCCUCUGGAUCAAAGCCGCAUCGAAGUACAGGGGACUGAAGGAACAGACGCCCGGUCACUGGAAACUGGAUUUCAAAAAUGGGCCCAAGAAAAUCCUCAUCUCAACCUAAUGUCGCAAGUCAACUAUCUUGUGCAUAAUAUGCAUGUUCUAUUCAACAAAGCCGCGGAAGAGACGUCGAAAUCUACCUCUGAAUCUGUCCCUAUGGCUUCUAAUCCGAUUCCUCCGUCCUUACCGGAGCCUUCGCCUACGGAACAGGCCCCUGUAAAAGAACUCGAAGGCCGUUCUCACGUCAAGAUCAUCCCGCGGCCUCCUGAAUGGUCACUGCCAGACGCAGGCUCAUCCUCCGGUAGUGAGACUUCGACCGACUAUGAUUCCGAGGAUGCCUCGGCGACAGAUGAUGAGGAGGAAGGAGGAGCUUCUGUUCCGGAGGCUCCUGCGACGUCUACGAGUCGUGGCGUGGCUUUAUCUUUGCCCUUCCUUGAGUUAUACGGAAUUGAAAUAUUGGAACUCAAGAACUUGAAUAUUACCGUGAAGUGCGAACGUUGCAAGGAUACUAUGGACGUGAAAAAUGUGCGCGCGGCCAAUGAUCCUAGCGGUGCUUCUUCAGCGCGAGCCGAAUCCUGCAAAAAGUGCUCUAAUUAUAUGACAGUCGGCUUCCGUCGAGAAUUGAUGCAUGGUAGUUCAAAUCGAGCCGGAUAUCUAGACCUAGAAGGAUGUACUGUUGUGGACCUUCUUCCCAGUAACUUUCUGCCAACCUGCUCCGAAUGCUCUACCACCUUCCCGGGACCGGGCCCUGUGGCCGUUCGUGGAGAGAGUGCGAUGGCCACAUGUCGUGAAUGCCAUAGGAAAAUGGUCUUCAAAAUCCCCGAGGUCAAAUUCCUUGUGGUGGGCACUGCUGCAGUGACAACCCGGCAUGCACUGCCGCGGAAGAAGCGCAAGGAAGUUUUAGGGAUAACCGCCGGUCAAGAACUCCCUCGCCGUGGUCGCUGCGACCACUACGCAAAGAGCUACCGUUGGUUCAGAUUCAGCUGUUGUGCCAAAGUCUUUCCGUGUGAUAAAUGUCAUGAUGCAGCCGAGGACCAUCCAAAUGAACAUGCCAAUCGCAUGAUAUGUGGGUUUUGUUCUCGGGAACAGAUAUAUCGUCCAGAGGACUGCGGGAUAUGCCAUUCCGUCCUCGUAGGUAAGGCAGGUAGCGGAUUCUGGGAAGGCGGUAAGGGUACUAGAGACAGGGUUCGGAUGAGUCGUAAAGAUCCAAGGAAAUACAAGCGCCGUGGGGGAACUGCAAAUUCAACAAAGAAAAAGUGA